CAGAGCUCAAGGGAGAUAAGCACCAUAGGAGUCGGGUUUGGGCAUUCAAGAGGAACUAAAUUCGCUGUAUUUGGUCAUGGAUGAUUUUGUUCGUGACAAAUUAACUGAAUGGGGUCUCACUGAGUGGAUAGAAAAAUUUGAAGCUGAAGGCGUUGACGAGGAAAGUUUGUACUGUCUUGAGAAUGACGACAUUGACAAGUUGUUGCCAAAAGUGGGACCAAAGGCAAAAUUCAAGAGGAAACUCAAGGUUUUAAAGGAAGAACAAAACCCAGUGAAUCAGGAAACAAUUGAUUCAUCUGCUCAAUGUCACCAGGUGCAUGAAGAAGCAGCUGAUUCUUCACAGGUUUCGCCGUCCACCAGUAACACAAGUGGUAAAGCAAAGAGAAAGUUGGAUCUACAGGGUGAGUGCAGCACAUGGCAAUCACCAACCAGAAAACAACGAAGUGGCACUACAUGGGCAUCAUACACAGAAGGAAUCAUAUUGUCUGAUGUGAAAAACAUCAUGAGUUGUGUUCAGAAGAGACUACCUAACCAAGAAAACAAGCUCAAUAAGUUCCUGAAGGUUAAAAUCUGUGAUUUGAAGACAGACAAGCGGGAGCUGAUUGGUGUCUUUGGUCGAACUGGAGCUGGAAAAAGCUCUUUGAUAAAUGCCGUCAUUGGAGAGAAGAAUCUUCUGCCCUCUGGGAACAUCAGUGCGUGUACCUCAGUCAUGAUUCAAGUGGAGGCUAACAUGCAUAGCCCAAAGUAUGAGGCAGAAAUUGAGUUCAUUACAAAAGAGGAGUGGCAAGAUGAAUUGUGGUCCUCGAUUAAUUUCCUUAGCGAUAAUGCAAAUCUGGGAAAUGAUCAGGAAGAUGACAGUGAUUACCGUGACACAGUUGACAAGCUUUCAGCACUGUAUGGAGAAGAAGAAUGGAAAAACAAAUCCUCUGAAAACCUCAUGGACAGCAAAUAUUUCAGAGAAGUUCAUGAAUUUCUCCACCACAGGACGAAGACUUUGACAUGCGAAUCGGCUAAAGAGCUAUCUGCAAAACUUGUCAAAUACACAAGAACAGACAGUGACGUCAAAGACGUAAAGAGGUGUUAUUGGCCACUGGUGAAGUGUGUGACUGUCAGGGUGCCUAAUAACGAUCUUCUCCAGCAUGUCACACUUGUGGAUCUUCCUGGAAAUGGGGACCGUAACAAGAGCAGAGAUAGAAUGUGGAAAGGGGUUGUUGGAAGUUGUUCUACUGUGUGGAUUGUGACUGACAUUAAUCGAGCAGUAGCAGAGAAAGAACCCUGGGAGAUCUUGGAAAGUGCCGGCAGCCUCAUGGGAAAUGGUGGCGAGUGUCAGCAGAUUCACUUUAUCUGCACCAAGACAGAUGUUAUUGGGGAUUCAGAUGAUCAUUCAGCAGCUGGUGUUCGUGCACACAUAUUUAAAAUCAAUAUGCAAGCCAAGGAAAUACUGAACAAAGAAUUCAGACUAAACAAGAUUAAGAAACAUUUCAGUGAUGACUGUUUCAAAGUGUUCACAGUGAGCUCCAAAGAGUUUCUAAAGAAAAAGCUACUGGAACCAGAGGAAACUGAAAUACCCAAACUUCAGGAAUUUCUGCAAAGUCUCAAUGACUGUCACUCAGAGACACUAAACUAUGUGUGUGGAGCUUAUGGGAUUCUUUCCCUGAUUCAAGCUGCCAGCUGCAGGGACGUGGCUGGUAAAAAAGCAGAUGUGUGCACAGACCUUGAAGAAAACAUGAGGCAUGAACUUGAUAAAGUCAGAAAGACCUUGGAGGAGACUUAUAAGGCUUUUGAAAAAUGCCUCAGUGAGGGGGUUGAAAAAUCAAAAAGUUCAUGCCAAAAAGUCUUGAGGUCUUUCCUAUAUCCAAAAGGGAUGAAAGGUGGUGCUUUUCACAAGAUACUGAAGUGUUUGGUUGAGAGUGACGGCGUCCACAAACCAAAAAACAAGAAACAAAUGAACCUCAAUGUGAAGUUGGCUUCGUACUUGACUGAUAGCAUUGAUGAGGAAUUCAAGAAGACCUUCCCAAAUCAAAGUAAAAGUGGACCAUUCAACGGGGUCAUCUGUGCAUUUUCACUUGACACACAGAGACUGAUUCAGAAGUACAAAGAUGUCGAACUGCAACUGAUAUUUCUCAAGACAGAGGAGGAAAAAACUAAGACAGAGCUCAACAAAACCAUCCGAGAGGUAAAGAAAACAAUCUACAGAAGUCUGACGUCGACAAUCGAGGAGACCAUGAAAGAAUGCUAUCAAAAUGCAGCAGGAUUUAAAGGAUUAGGCUCACUGGGAAACAUGAGGACAGCUAUUGAGAAGCAUGUACAUUAUUCAAAGGACACCAUGUUUGACCAGGCUAAAGACUGUAUGUUGAAGGAGCUGAGAUCUUUGAAGGAGUACAUCCUGAAGACGCUUGAGGAAACAAUGCAGAAAUCAAUCGAGCUGUCACUCAAGACAGUUGGUGACUCAAUCCCAGAUGUCACAGUGGAGCUUGCAAAGGUGAAGAAAUACUACGAUGGCCUGAUCGUGAGUCCAGGUGAAGAAACACUAAUUUGGUAAAACAUUUGUGAAAAUGUCGACAUUAUGGCCUCAUUGCGUUAUGUCCAGGUAAUGCCUGUUAUAAGAUGCACUUAAUAAUGCUAACAGUGCUUUGUAUUACGUUAGCCCUGAAUCUGCAAGAGGCGCAGGAGCUGAACUUCAUCCAUGACAUGUGAACAGUUGCGUUUUAGUGAAAUCCAUUGAUCCAAGCUAAGCAUUCAAACAGAUAACAGAAUCGAUCACAUGACAGCCCGACUGUCAUUACUUGUCAAUGUCUCAACCUUGCUGUUUAUCUGUCUGGUGGAAGUUUCAGGUUUGCUCAGUGGAUAGAAACAGCAGAAGCCCGAUUACCCACUGAGGGUUCUAGUUGUUAUCCUUUUCUCGUUUGUGUUGUGUUUUGAUACAUACUUCGUUGUUACUUUCAUGCAGAAAGAGUUCGGAUUUUAUUUUAUUUUUUAUUUUUUGGGGGGGAAAUUUUCCCUUUAAGGGAUUAAAAAACAGGGAAAAUGUUUGGUUUUCAUGGAACUAGUCCUAACCACAACGAUGAUGUCCCAGAGACUUUUAGUGUUUAAUGAUUUUAUUCUUGAAUAUAUUUUAAUGUUUUUCUCUUUUUUUAUUAUUUUAUUAUUAGUUGAUUUGGGUGUUUGCACUGCAAUUUCAGGGAUUGUAUUGGUGUCUGCCUUAAACGUAGAACCUUGAUUACAUGCUGAAGGUUGGAUUUGACAUAGCCUUUAGCCUUUUUAAAAGAUGGUCUUGAAUGAGUAUGUUUCUUUCAUUUCUUUUGUUUUAAGGUAAAAGAAAAAAUGGUUUCUGUGUGUGUUAUGAGAUAUGAGAUAUCAGAUAUGAGAAACGUAGAAAACUAGAUGAUAGUAAUCAACCAGUAAGUCAUUCAGUUAUUUAGUCAACAAUUGUUGUGUUUUCAUGUACGCUGAUUCUAAAUGUGUAAGUGUGUUUGACAUGAUAUACUGGCAAAUAAACCUCAGUGAAGUUCAUGUUUG